AUGACCACAACUACCCAGGUUUCGAGAAAAAGUUUUCCAGCUUUAAAAAAUGAUCUAAUUUUGAGGUGUGCAAAGGGUGAAAAAGUAGAAAGACCACCAUGUUGGAUUAUGCGUCAGGCAGGUCGUUACUUACCAGAAUAUCAUGAAGUUAAAGAUGGUCGAGACUUUUUUGAAUGUUGUCGCAAUCCAGAAAUUGCUAGUGAGUUAACAAUUCAACCAAUUAGGCGUUACAAAAAUUUAAUUGAUGCAGCUAUUAUAUUUUCAGAUAUAUUAGUCAUACCACAAGCAAUGGGUAUGGAAGUUGUUAUGUUAGAAGGUAAAGGUCCACAUUUCCCUAACCCAUUAAGAACAGAAGAAGACGCUAUUGAGAUAUUAAACUAUAAAGUUGAUGUCUUACAAAGUUUGGAUUGGGCUUUCAAAGCUAUCACCAUGACUAGAUAUCGAUUAGAUGGAGAAGUACCAUUGUUUGGGUUUUGUGGUGGUCCAUACACAUUGUUAACUUAUAUGAUAGAAGGGGGUGGUUCCAAAAUCUUUAGAUUUGUCAAAGAAUGGAUUAAUAGUAAGCCUGAAUUAUCCCAUAGAAUUUUAGAUAAAAUUUCAGAUGUGGCUAUUGAAUUUCUAUCUCAACAAGUUGUUGCUGGUGCUCAGAUUUUGCAAGUUUUCGAAAGUUGGGGUGGUGAGUUAGGUAGUUCUGAUUUUGACGAAUUUUCUUUGCCAUAUUUAAAGAAAAUUGCCACCAAAGUUCCAAUUAGGUUACAAGAGUUGGGUAUUAAAGAAAAGAUUCCAAUGAUAGUUUUUAGUAAAGGUUCUUGGUAUGCUUUAGACAAGCUCUGUAAUUCUGGUUAUGAUUGUGUUUCUUUAGAUUGGUUGUGGGAUCCAAAAGAAGCUGUUAAAAUCAAUAAUGGGCGUAUCACUUUACAAGGUAAUUUGGAUCCAGGUGUUAUAUAUGGUACUGAUGAAAUCAUUAAGUCCAAAGUUGCUAAAAUGAUAUCAGGCUUUGGUGGUGGUAAACAACAUUAUAUAGUUAAUCUUGGUCAUGGUACCCAUCCGUUUAUGGAUACAGAGAAAAUCAGAGUUUUUUUAGAGGAGUGUCAUAAAAUCGGUAGUCAAUGA